AUGAAAGGUGUUAGCAUAUUUGGAAGGAUAAGCAAGCUUAGUCUAAGGUAUGUUGGACCUUUUGAAACCCUUGAAAGGAUUGGAAAGUCUGCUUAUAUGUUGUUAUUAUCUGAUCAAAUGUCUGACGUACAUAAUGUGUUUCACGUAUCCUCUUUGAGAAAGUGGAUCUCUGACUCUGAAAAGAAACUUUCUGUUGAUGAUGUGGAGAUUCAAGAGAAUCUGCAGUAUAAGGAAGUGCCUGAGCUUAUUUUAGCUUAUGAUGUGCGUAAGUUAAGAAAUAAACAGAUUCUGAUGGUUAAAGUGCAGUGGAAGCACAGAACAGCACGAGAAGUUACUUGGGAGAAAGAGUCGGAUAUGAGACAGUCAUACCCGCAUCUAUUCUGGCUCAGUUCGUUCGAACGUAGGUGGAUCGUCCGGGAUGAUCGGUACAGGUUGUAA